CAUGCAAUAUCGUUUUGCAACAUCACUUGUCGUUUAGUAAAUCUUUCGUGUGGUCGUUCUGCAUAUAUUUUAUGCACAAAUUGUGUUGUGAUGCGUAUAUAAUUAAAGCUAACAUGAAUAAAAAUAUGAUAAUAAUAAUUUUGUUCUUCAUCUUUUGCCGAGCAUCGGCAGUGAUUUACCAAUUAAACAAAACAGAAUAUGUUAAAAUGCCACCAAUGUUCCAUCUUGACCGAUACGAGCUAUGCAUAGACCAAACCGGAGGAAUCUAUUGUAUUGCGGAAAUAGAUUUAGUUGCAGACAGUGACAACGAUCUCUUAAAAAUGAUACGUGAAUACAGCGAGCGGAAGGAAACUCAUUUCAAUCAUUCGCGGCUGCAUUAUGGUAUUUGUUUGACGAAAAUGUGCAAAGACUAUUUAAAACCAAACACGACAAGUUCAAAAGAUUUUAAUUUAGUUAUUGAACAAUGUUUGAAUACAUCAUUUUGGGAGCAAUAUAAGUUGAAAACUAGAAUAAAAGAAGAUACGAUGUGUCAUACUAAAGACCAGUAUUAUCCUAUAGAGCCAAUAGACAUAGUUGUCGCAGUGAUACUUUUAUGUAUAUUAAUAUUAAACUUGUCUGGAAGUGUUUACCAUAUACUAAUUGUUAAGAAGAAUUAUUCAGGCAAUAAGUGGCUGCUAUACUUUUCAAUCCAACGGAACUGGUCCAAAUUAAUAGAAACGACUGAUAACAGAAAAAAUGAACGUUUAAAAGGUUUAAACGGAAUGAAAGUAAUUACAACAACCCUGAUAGUACUUUUACACUCUCAAAUUCCCUUCGCAUUUUUUGUAGAUAAUGAGCAGUUCUUAGAAAGAGGCUAUAGUAAUAUAUUCUACCAUUUGCUUUUUGACGGAACUGUAAUAGUCCAGACAUUCUUCGUAAUUUCCGGAUGUUUGGCAUCAUACAAUCUCCAAUUAAAAUCUAAGGAAAAUACAAUUUGGAAAAGAAUAUGCAAAAGAAUUUUAUUAAGAUGGUUAAGACUCACUCCAAUUUACGCAAUAACUUUAGCCAUUACUGCGUCAUGGCUAAGAUUUGCGGGAUCAGGACCGAUGUGGCAUAAAUUUAUAGGACCCGAAAUUGCCGACUGCCGCCGGGACGGUUGGCAAAACAUGCUCUACAUAAACAACUACUUUGACAACACUCGCUGCAUGGCGCAUACAUGGUAUGUGGCAGCGGAUAUGCAGUUGUUUGUUUUGGGAACAUUUACGUUGGUACUGACAAGAAGCAAUCAGAGGAGACAGGUUGUGCUCUGGUCUAUGUUCGUACUUUCUCUCUUCAUAGUACCGUUACAUACGUAUUUUCAAAAUUUGUACGCUCACGUUAUUAUCGCGCCAGAACUUGUAAUUGAGUUUUUUGUCAAAGAUUCCACGUUCAACCACUCUUACAAACGCGGCCACACAAACAUGCCAUGUUACAUUUUAGGGCUCAUUGCCGGUUUGAUCGUAUUUAAAUUGCAGAAGAAGCAGAUAAAUAUUGAAAAAUAUAAGAAAUACAAAUAUAUGUUCUGGGCAAUAUGUCCUAUGAUGGUUAUAUUGAUACUAUGUUGCGGGUUCUUAUACAUGGACGGAGUAACACCUCAUCUCGAAGUCAGAGCUGCUUUUUCCGGCAUAUACAGACCUCUCUUUGGAUUUUUUAUAUUCUUUUUUAUAUUAGGGAUGGUAAUUAAACUCGAAAAUGUUUAUAGACCGAUAUUAGAAUGGCGAUUCUGGACGUCAAUCGUUCGCUUGUCGUACGCCGUCUACAUAGUGCAUGUGAUGUUGAUACAAAUUAGUGUUUACUCUAGAACUACAUUAAAUCAUUCGACCACAUACGAGGCUAUAAAAACAUCGCUCGGAACAAUCACUUUAAGCUAUCUGUUUGCUAUACCUUUUUGGUUAUUGAUCGAAUCACCAAUUUCGCAACUCGCUCAACAUCUAACGUCUACAAGAGAAAUAAAAGUUGAAAGUAAGUAUCAGUGUGCCAGGACGCUGGUUAACUAGAUAUAACCCUGAAAGCGGUUCUCCUUUUUACAGAUGUAGUUGUGAUAGCUUUCAGCAGUUGGUUAAUGAUUAAUUAUUCACCACUUUAUUGUGAAUAAAAUUUCGUAUAUUUUUAAA